AUGAAUCUGUCGCUGUACACGACGUCCUACAAUAGUGAAACCGCCUCGUUGGCAAGCCGUCAUCAUUCCCAUUACGCGGCUCGCCACUGGUCCUCCAUUUUCGACGAACGCAUCUAUGAGGUUACUCUCUUCGUCAUAGUCUCCUCUUUGGAAAGAACCGCAAUAUGUUUUUGAUGAUUCCUAGGAAAAAAUACACAGGAAAUGUUCUUCUUUUUUAGUGACAAAGAAAAACUCCGGAACUUCUGAAUGGUUCAGUAUCGUAUUUUUGAGUACAAAGUUUGAGGGAAUGCUUUGCAGAUUUGCAAUAUCGUUCAUCCCGGCCUCCCAAUCGAGCUCGACGCCGUCGAGCACAUCAGAAAAUUCCUCGAGCAAAUCGUAAAAGAGGUUUUUUUGCUUGUAUUGACUGCAGAGAAAGAUUAAAAGAAAACCAUUUUCUAAGACAUAUUUCCACUCUAAAUUUUUCAAGUAUGGCUAUUUUGGUGAUUACACUCAGAUUGCCGAACAAAGGGCGACGAGCGUGGUCGAAGUCGACAAAUAUGCGCGAAAGUUGUUCUCGAACGGCCUCCAGUCGGUUAUGAAGGUGAUAUUUCUUUCCUACCGCAGUUUAUUUUACAAAAGUUCAAAUGGUUAAACUUUAAAAAAAAUAUUGAGAAAAUUAAACAGAAAGGGAUACGCUGUGGAAUUUUCAGGACGCUUGGGACAACAUGCACGCCCAACAACAACGAGCCAAGUUCCAAAAGCCACCGAAACAAGUUCUGGUGAACCAGCAUAAGUUGGCCGGAUUCAUUCGGGUUAGAAAAGCUGGGAUAGGAUAACGUCAAUGAUGUGUUUGAGGAGGUCCUCGGCUACCGCGAGAAGGAAAAAAAAGAUAAGGAAAAGAGAGAGGUCGAGAGGAUCGCCAGUUACAUUUACUAUGCAUGUGAGAGCUUGACGGAGGUGUUUCAAAAAAUAAAACGGAAAAAUAUAUAUUGAAACGCAGGAUAUAUUACGACUGACUGGAAAUUAUGUGAAGAACAUCCGAAACAGCGAGCAGAAGAUCACUCUGCAGAACCUCGACGUCGCUCUGUGUGCCGACCGGGUUGGUCUUUCUCGAUUUUCGAAAAUCGCAGAUCUUUAAGGCUUUGAUGGAGUUGCGUAUCAAGCUAAAGAAUGAGGAAGAAGCUGAAUCGCCGGGGGGAUUCGGCUUUUUGGCGGAGUAUGUCGUUUAUUUCUCAUCUUUUUGGUGUUUCUAUUUCUUUUCUUUUUUCCAUAGUUCACGGUAAUAGGCGAGCCGUUUUUUAUUGUAAUCUUUCAACUUCUGAUCAUUUUAGAAUGUUUUGAUAAAAUUCAAUAUAUUGUGUUAUAUAGGUGAGAAAAAACAAAAACAGUAAUUCGAAAAAUCAUCAAAACGAGGUAUUUGAGAAGAAGUUGAUUUGAAAGCCCGACGUGAAAUUUAGUAACUUUUGUUUCGUUUGCUCUAAAGUUUGUCCAACGAGGGAUGUCAUUUCACUUUGGGUAUUUUUUGAAACUCGUUCAGAAUAUUCCUCGAUUUUUUAAAUGAAGAUCCUGGAAGUUUAAACCUUCACAACUUCCUGGUUUUCGAGAAAUAGAGGCUCAAAGCCCUCAAACAGCCCAUUUGAAUGGAUUUUGAGAGUUUGACUUUGAAGUGUCCUCCCUCGAAUAAUAAGAAUUAAUGCAAAUUGAGCUUUUCGGGAUCUUUUUCUGGUACAUCAAGGAGCGUUAUGGCAAAUUAUCAGAAAAUUCCCAGACCCAUAGUGGAAUAACUUUCCCUGUAGGCUAUUAUUCUUCCAUCUCUAACCCGAAACAGCAGAAAAAUUUCUGCGGAGGUCUUUUAGCGAAACCAUAUUUGCUGUUGAGCGUCAGAGCUUGUUAUUGAGUAUCCUGUUGUUAACUCCCGAGGUCCAAGUUUUUUUCCCCAAUAAGGUUGUUUCAGAUUUGACGAUUACGUGGCUGAACAAGUUGACGAAACGGCUCAGGCUGUUGGCCACGGGCCAAACGUCACACCGGACACCUAUGAAUCUGUGGGAAAGGCAUUUUUUGUAUGAAAUUUCGUUUUUCUGAAGGUCGGAGUCGAAUUUCUGCGCGACGAAAGGCGCUUCAUCCGGGAGCUCAAUCGGAUCAACGUCUUCCGACGUCGUCUCGAGAGCGUUCUCAUCGAUGAGGACAAGGUUUUCGCAAUUAUUUUUCAUUAGCUUGAAGAGACGAGCGUAUCCGAAAAAUUAUAUUUAUUUCUGCUUCGAGGAUCAUUGAAGAGGCAGUUUAUAAAGUAGCCUUUUGAAAGAUUUUUCGAUUUACUCUUCUUUCAAUUAAAUAGUUUCUAGUUUCUGGAAUCUGAAAAGGAAGAACUGAAGGAGUCGAUUGCAGUGCUUGCUGCAGUGUCUGUUCGGCAACCUCAACGACAUCUACGAGUUGGCUCUGAAGAUCGAGAGGACCCUGGAAGACGCGAUUGAGAUGAACGACACUCCCUGCAUAGGCAUGGGCAUCUGGGACCUCGCCGAGACCUACGAAUUCGACGCGUUCGUUUUCCUCCCCCACUUCUGUGUUGUGAACUCGUUUUUGCAACAAAAAAGUUCCGUUUCCAGCUACACUUCCUACAUUGUGCGGGACGACGAGAAGGGCGAGUUGGCGGCCAUGACAACCUGCAUAAGUCACACCAUCGAAAGCCUACUGAGAAGUCCACGUUGCGAAUCUCUUUUCAAGGUUUUUUCUCAGAAAGAAAUUAUUCUCAUUCAAGAAAAAUGGUUUUGGGAAUAGCCUUCCUUUGCAUAGCUACAGUACUUGAUAAUAAAAGAAAACUUUAGAAAAGUUACGACUGUUAAAAUUAAAACCGAUGUUCUUGGCAGCCUUUGCAUUUUGAAAAACUUGUUUUUUUCAAAUUUCAAUGAGUCGCUCUGUAAACUGAAUGCUUGUCAAUGGCUCGGGUUCAGGGCGGCGACAUGUGCUUCAACAGUUCUUUUGACGGUCCUUCGUUCCGCCUCGCCGUGCAGUAUGUCCUUCCACAACUCCUCCACACGCCCAUACUCCACUUCUUCCAAUACGUCGAGUAUAUAAAUGUGUGUCCGCUUGUGUCUGUCUUCCUGUGAGUUCACGGCUCAGAAACUGCUGCGACUCACAAAAAACGACGAAGACCGCGUCGAGCUGAACAACUGCAAGAAUGCCCUGAUGAGCGUCCGCACAGCGAUCGACGUGCAGUGCAACGAGUUGCCCGAACUCAAGUCCAUCAUCACUUCCCACAUGUCUGUGGUUUUCCCGGCCAGCCUUACGUCUCAUCGGGUUUACAGAGAGCAGCUGACUCGUGGGGAGAAAAUCUACAAUGUGCAACGGUUCCACGAAAUACAGUCCACGAUUGAUGGCUUCAGCGGUAGUCCCAUCGGGAAGACUUGUUCUGAAAUCAUCAAAGGUGCCUUUCUGGCUCGAGUUUUCCAUUUUGAGAUUGAGACUGAAAACUAAUCAAAUAACUGGAGAUGUGGAAUAUAUUAAAAUAACGUGAGAGUGCGUGAGGAAGUUCAAAUUCUUGCGGUUGGGAAGAGUUUUUCUUUUCGUAUUCGGCUUGUUGAUUCAAUAUGCAACCAAUUUUUACGUUUCAUUCCGAUGUUGGUCAGUUUUCAAAUACACUUACUCUGUUUAAGAGGGAGAUCUACAAAUGAUUCGCCCCUCAUUGACCUACUCGACAGACAUAACCAAGAAGCAAAAAUGGAAAACAGACAGGUUCACAUCUUGACGAUGCUGCUUCUUAAGCAUCGAUUCAGGUUUCUGUUCUUGUUCGACCAACUCCUUCUUAUAUGCAAGAGGCAUCGGAACAUGGUAAAGUUCAAAGAGAGGCUCCCGGUUCAUCUCCUCGACGUGUUCGACGCCGCGGAAUCCGAAGGUCCGUCUGAAAUCGACCUCUAAAAGUCAAGUUUCCCUCAGGCAUUCAGCACUCGUUCAAGCUCGCUUCGCGCGACAACACUUGCCUGCCCAGGACUUACCACUUCAUCUGCAAAUCCGCGGAGGAAAAGCGGGCCUGGAUGGGCGUCCUGGUCAUGGUCACUACCAAAAGGUUCCUAUCUUCCGUUCUUCCAAAAAUAUCGAUAGAAUUAUUUAUUUGCACUGGGAAAAGUUUUCAUGAAUUGUCGGCUUAGUAAAUUAAUCCCGAGCUCAAUUUUUCAGGCAUAGAAAUUAUUUCUUUUUUCAUGACAAACAAAGAUUUUUGAACUCUUAACACGUAAGAUCGCUUAUUUUUCAGAUCGCCCAAAUUUCCCCAACAACAAAGACUAAUUUGCGAAGUUUCACACAAUAGUUCCUUUAGAUUGUUGAAAAAAAGUAGUGCUUCGAAAAAUUGGUAAAAGAAAAACGUUUCCUCAGUACUUGUUUUAAUGAUUUGGGCCAUUCAAAUCGGAAGAAAUUGACUACACAUCUCUCCAUUCUCAUAGCUCAUUCAGUGUACUUGACCGGAUACUCGACAAUUACGAGAAAGAGGAGGCGAAACGCAUUCCGCUGCUCAUUCCCAGCCCUGAACAAUACCGGUGAGUCUAAGUCAGUACUAUAAUUCGAAUAACAGUACAAAGAACUCCCUCAGUUUAUGAUUUUACGAUAUUUUACACUCUCUCUCUUAUUCUUGCGCCUUUGAACCGUUUGAGCGGCGUCCCAAGUCGCUGAGGCAAGGUCAUAUCCUGAUAUCCGUGAAAAUCAGUGGACUGGCUCUAGUGGCACAACCGUCCUUUUGGGCGACAACUGAGGUCGUGAAACCAUGUUUUCCCACUACCGUCAAGUCCUUGGCUUGGGUCGCGGCGGAGGUCGAACUUUUGACUCUAUGGACCGUAGUCAGGCACACGACCUGUUGCGCUACGGCACGAUAUUUUACAUUCUCUUGCGAAGAAAUCUGAAAUUUCUGGCUUUUUAGGUUCGCGGAACCUGAUUCUGAAGAAAACAUUUCUUUCGAGGACUACACCUCGAGCAGCGGCAUUCCGGUGAUCAAAAACGGGACAGUUCUCAAAUUGGUAGAACGACUCACCUACCAUUCGUGAGCAUUUUUCUCACAUCUCAAUCGAAUAUCUCUAUGACCAGGUACACCGACAGCAAGUACAUACAGACCUUUUUAAUCUCUUAUCGCUCGUUUUGCACUCCGAGUGACUUUUUUGAACUACUCAUUGAGCGAUUCAACGUGCCGAUUCCCAGUAAAUUGCCACUUUCACACGAUAAACGGUACUUCAUUUGUUAUUUGGUUGGCACAUGAGUAUUGAAUCUCAUUCAAAUCUCCUAUCUUUGUCUCUUUGUUGCUGGUGAUUUUAGAACAGCGUUCUCGAAAUUACCGACUAUUUUUUUCUAUCUCAUAGAUCUCUACAAAAAGAAACUUUCAUAUUCAUGCUGACGAGCGAGUAACAUUCAUUUACAACGGUUUGAAGUCAAUGUAGAACUAAAGAGAGUAUUUUUUAGAAGGUUACAAAUUAAAAAUUAGACAACCAGAAAACAAAUAAAAUGAAUAAGUAAAAACGAUAAUUCAGCAAAAAAUUUUUUUAAAUUUAUACAAUUGGCCCUGAUUUCAAGUUUUCUCGGUAGAAGAAGAUAAAGAUUGCUUCAUUACUCUUGUGCCAACUAACAGCAACUAUGAAAUGUUUUUUUUUACCAGUUGAGAAAUUUCAGCGGUGGUCCGCUGGCUGGACGCUACGACACCGUACAGUCUCACGGUCUUUCGGCGUCGAGUUAUUCGCCUCUUUAUGAACAGAGUUUCCAGCGGUUCCGCAAAGAGUACGAACGUCCUGUACAGCUUCGGUACGAAUGAAAAAUAAUUAAUCUUCAACAAGAAUUUUGUCAGCGUUCUGAGCGUCAUUAACCAAUGGGUGAAGUUCCACUGGCACGACUUUGAUUGCGACCCGGUGCUUCUAGAAAAGUUGGAUAACUUCUUGCAAAAAUGCAUAGAUCCUCGAGAAAAGCUGACGAAGCAGCACAAAAAGUUCUGCAAAACAAUUCUGGUAGGCAGCGUCGACAGAUUUUGAUGUACGGGUUGAUACAGACGACCAUGGACAAACGUCUCAAAAGUCCUCCUGCCACUGAUUCAACGGAGAAGCAGGAAGGUCACGUGAAUACGGCGUUUGUCUACGGCGAAGACGGCCAGCCGCCGGCGUACGCCAACGACGGCGCGACAUCGCGGACUUUCAGUCCCAAGAAGCCUGAGGUCUGUCUUUCUGCUCUAGUUGAGGAUUUUUUUGAUGGAUGAUUCUUCAGUUUUUCUAACCAAGGCUCAACUAAAAACCUCAAUACAAUGUAGCCAGACCUUAUCACGCCUUCUGACCUCUAAGACAGCUCUAAAACAUGUUCGCUUCGAUAAUCUCGAAAAAGCGCGAUGAAAGUGAUUAAAAAGCUUUCAGACUGUUUGGCACACGGCCACUAAAGGCGACGUCGAUGUAUACGACUUACUGACGUUGCAUCCUCUGGAAAUCGGACGACAAGUUUGAAUUUUUGAGAGAAAACCCAUUUUUUUCCCAUCAUUUAUAGCUGACUCUCCUCCACUUUGAUCUCUACCGAGCCAUCAAACCUAUCGAGCUGGUCGGCGCCGCCUGGACGCAACACGACAAGAACCGUCGCAGUCCGCAGCUCCUCAAGCUCACAAACCACUCCACUUUGGUUAGUUUCACUCGAGAAGGUUAUUCGAACAGAAAGAAGCCCAGCUCACCUAUUGGGUCUCGCGGUCGAUUGUGGAGACGGAGUCUUUGGAGGAGCGCGUCGCCAUGUUCAACCGUGUUCUGGAGGUUGUUCAGAAGACGAAAUUCGCGGCAAACUGGCAAUAAAGGUGAUGUCGGUGUUCGAGGAGCUGCACAACUUCACCGGACUCGUCGCUUUCAUCUCCGCCCUCAACUCGGCAUGCAUUCACCGUCUCAGCUGGUGUUGGGAUGUCUGUUUCAUUUCAGUUCGAUUCGAUUUGAGCCUUUAAAAAACAAAGUUAUGAAAACUUGUUCUAUUUCAGAAGUUGGACAACGAGAAGCAGAAGUCGUACAACCGGUUCGUGACUCUUUGUGGACCUCGCUGGACGGAGAUGCAGAAGCGUCUGCAGACGAUAAAUCCCCCGUGCAUUCCCUUUUUCGGCCACUACCUCAACAACAUCUUCUUCUUCGAACUCGGCAACAGCACUUUCGUCAAGUCGCCUGGGCCAAAGUCGAAGGAGCCCAUUAACAUGGUUUUUUUUUGUUUUCGUUUGGAUCUAAUAGCUUAACAAACGACUACUUGGGACAUAGAUUUGAAUUUUAUUAUCAUAUAAUAAUUUACCACUCCCACAUUGAUCAAAAACUUUAAUUUUUUGUUUUUUUGAUUUUGACUCCGUUAUGAAAAAUAAUUCAAUAAGAAACGCGGAGAAAAUUGAGAAAAAAAAAGAUAAAUUUUAAUUUAAGGUUGAGCAAAUUUGAAAAAAAAAGAAUGUUUGCUACGAUAAUAAUUAAACACCGGGAAGUCCAGCGUAUUCAAACUUUUUUUCAUUUUUAUACUUCCCAUAGGCGUUUCAGAGCAUAUAACAAUUGCAAAAGAAUUCUCAAAAAUUCCUUUGCAAAAAAAUUAGAUUAUUUGAAUAUGUUCAGGAUGAUCCCAACAGUAAGCGCGUUCUUGUCUCUUUUCUGAAGUGCCGUCGAAUCUCGGACAUCAUCCGCGAGAUUCAGAUGUACCAGAAUGAGCCGUAUCCCCUGCAGUUGGAACCAACUAUCCGUGUGAGUUUUCUCUUUUGUCUGGGAAGUCUAAUCAAUCGCGACAUAUCCGGCAGUGUCUUUCGCUUACAUUUUUUUCUUUAAUUUUUGACAUUUUUUUAAAUCAAUAUAAACAGUAAAGUUCAAAUUUCUUCUUUAAAGUUUAACUUUAAUGAGCUUUUCAACUUGGUCUUCUGGAAUCUAUUUGAAACGUCAUCAUCUUCGUGAAGUUUUAUUACUUUCUCUGUGGAUUAGAAUUUUUCGCCUCAACUACUCAUUUGAAAUAGCAAGAGUUUUUACUCGGUAACGGUAAAAAGUGUCGUUCUUGGCCUGCACCUGCCUUUUCUGAAAACUUCCGUGCUUUCGUCCUUUAUCAUCGUGUAACAAAAGCCGAGGCAAGAGAGACUCAGCUCUGGGAUGAGGACGAGUCUCGUGCUCCAGCUGAGGAACUUCAGGACUCCGCCUCUUGCAACUCAACACAAGGCUGUCGCUUUGUUGAUGCUCAAAAUUUGUUUGACGGCUUCUCAGCAGAGGCUUUUCCACUUCCGCUAUGGAACCGUUUGCCGGUAUUCUCCAGGAGAGACCUUCACUCAACUCCAGAUCUAUUAA